AUGUCUUCUCUCGCACGCUUCGCUUCCCUGACGGCUCGGGUCGCUGCUGUUCGCACGACCACUCCUGCCUUCACUGCUGCCGGCAGCAGAUUCAUCUCUUCGACACCCAAGAACGAGAAGGGCCCUGUUGAGGCAACCAAGGAAACAUUGAAGAAGGCGGACAGAGUUAUCUCCGAUAAUCUCGUGAAGGGUAUUGACAAGGGUGUACAAGGCGGGGGAAUGAAGGAGGAUCUGAAGGGCGAGGCCUCGGAAAAAGCAGGCGAGACCAAGGGUAAGGCCGAGGAGACUCUUGGCGAGGUCAAGGGUAAAGCUAAGGAGGUAUAUGGUGAGGCCAAGGGCAAGGCAAAGGAGAUGGGUAACGUGUGA